GUGUAUAUAUAGGCCCCCUCCAUACUCCUUCUCUCCUUCAAUCUCCCAUUUCUCCGUGCCUUCUCUGGUCUUCAAUUUCCUUGUCUGAAACUCUCUCUCUCUCUCUGGCCUAAUUGACAUUGCUUUGAUAUGGCUACUCAUACCCCUAAGAACAUCCUUAUUACUGGGGCUGCCGGGUUCAUUGCUUCCCAUGUCGCCAACCGGCUCAUCCGAAACUACCCUGACUACAAGAUCGUUGUGCUUGACAAGCUUGAUUACUGCUCAAAUCUGAAAAAUCUCCUUCCCUCUAAAUCAUCUCCCAAUUUCAAGUUUGUCAAGGGGGACAUUGGCAGUGCUGACCUUGUCAAUUUCCUCCUCAUCACUGAGUCUAUAGACACUAUAAUGCACUUUGCAGCCCAGACCCAUGUCGACAACUCAUUUGGUAACAGCUUUGAGUUUACCAAGAACAAUAUUUAUGGUACCCAUGUCCUUUUAGAAGCCUGCAAGGUCACUGGCCAGAUCAAAAGGUUCAUCCAUGUGAGUACGGAUGAGGUCUAUGGGGAGACGGAUGAGGAUGCUGUUGUGGGAAACCAUGAGGCUUCUCAACUCCUCCCAACAAACCCAUACUCUGCCACAAAAGCUGGAGCAGAAAUGCUUGUUAUGGCAUAUGGCAGGUCAUAUGGGUUACCUGUAAUUACGACGCGUGGGAACAAUGUUUAUGGACCCAAUCAGUUUCCUGAAAAAUUGAUCCCAAAGUUCAUCCUCUUGGCCAUGCAAGGGAAGCCUCUUCCAAUUCACGGUGAUGGUUCCAAUGUGAGGAGUUAUUUAUAUUGUGAAGAUGUUGCUGAAGCUUUUGAAGUCAUUCUUCACAAGGGAGAGGUAGGUCAUGUUUACAAUAUUGGUACAAAGAAGGAAAGGAGAGUUAUUGAUGUUGCCGAAGAUAUAUGCAGACUCUUUUCCAUGGACCCAGAGAAAAACAUCAAGUUUGUAGAUAACAGACCAUUUAAUGACCAGAGGUACUUUCUAGAUGAUCAGAAGCUGACGAUAUUGGGAUGGUCAGAGCGGACUACGUGGCAAGAGGGGCUGAAGAAGACUAUGGAAUGGUACAUUAACAAUCCUGAAUGGUGGGGUGACGUCUCUGGGGCACUGCUUCCUCAUCCAAGAAUGCUGAUGAUGCCUGGUGGGAUUGAAAGACACUUCGAUGGGUCUGAGGAGGGCAAGUCUGCCUCUUAUGUCUCAAGUAAUACCCGGAUGCUGGUUCCUCCUUCCAAAAGCGUUGGCUCUCCUCGAAAACAUUCCUUGAAGUUCUUGAUCUUUGGUAGGACUGGUUGGAUUGGGGGUCUGCUUGGGAAGAUAUGUGAGAAACAAGGGAUUCCUUUUGAAUAUGGAAAAGGGCGUCUAGAGGAUCGGUCAUCACUAGUGGCAGAUAUUCAGAAUGUUAAGCCAACCCAUGUUUUCAAUGCUGCUGGUGUGACUGGUAGACCCAAUGUAGAUUGGUGCGAGUCUCACAAAACAGAAACAAUUCGCACAAAUGUUACUGGGACCUUAACCUUAGCAGAUGUUUGCAGAGAGAAUGGGCUCUUGAUGAUGAAUUUUGCUACAGGGUGUAUAUUUGAGUACGAUGCGGCACAUCCCGAGGGUUCUGGCAUUGGGUUUAAAGAGGAAGACAAACCCAAUUUCACUGGUUCUUACUAUUCCAAAACCAAGGCUAUGGUUGAAGAGCUGUUGAAUGAAUAUGACAAUGUCUGCACUCUAAGAGUUAGGAUGCCGAUAUCAUCUGACCUAAACAACCCACGCAACUUCAUUACAAAGAUCUCUCGUUAUAAUAAAGUGGUUAACAUUCCGAAUAGCAUGACCGUGUUGGAUGAGCUUCUGCCGAUUUCAAUUGAGAUGGCAAAGCGGAACUUGAGGGGUAUAUGGAACUUCACAAACCCGGGGGUUGUGAGCCAUAAUGAGGUUCUGGAGAUGUACAAGGAUUACAUUGACCCCAACUUCAGGUGGGCUAACUUCACACUUGAAGAGCAAGCCAAGGUGAUUGUGGCUCCUCGAAGCAACAAUGAGUUGGAUGCCUCAAAGUUGAAGAAAGAGUUCCCGGAGUUGCUAUCUAUCAAGGACUCCCUGAUUAAGUUUGUGUUUGAACUCAACAAGAAGAACUCUGCAGAGUAAACAGUUUCAGUUGUAGACCUCUCACUCUCAGGUUCGACCUCUCUGCAUUUUGCUCUAGAUACUACUCCACAAGGCUCAUCAGCUCCACCACUUAAUUCAUUGUUAGCUUCGUAUAAUUAUUUCAACUGUUGUAGAAGGUGGUCGUGAGGGCAAUUCUAUUAGCUACAUCUUUCAUUUUGACUUCACCUAUAUUUUGUAAUUUAGUUUGCUUAGUUGCUUUGAGCAAGAAACUUCCAAUAGGGGGUUGUAUUAUUUUUGCAGUCUAUCAUCUAAUAUGUGUGGCGUUUCAUUCUUUAAUAAGUGAACUUCUGGCAUCCAUUCAAAGCAAUAUACUUGUGUCUUUAUGGCAUUUGAUCU